AUGUGUAUUAUAACUUAUGUUACCUGUAAUUUAUAAAUAUAUGUACAUUGUUUUUUCCAAUCUCUGCAUAGGAGCAUAAGAAUUGUGCUCGUGGCACCAACUCUCUUUCUUUUACUCUUUCACGAAGUCGCGCCGCCAUCAUACCCUUGACCUGACAUUGGCAAAGGUGAUUUGCCAUUUCAUAUUCUAGUCUUUUUAAUGCUAGCGAAUCUAAACGUAUUCAUUUAUUCCAUCUGCAAUCUUGUACACAUACUAUAAUGUGAGGCGAUAUUGCUAGUCGGACAGUUGUACAUAUUCCGAGUCAAUGUUCACAGGACUCUGCAGUAUAAUUAGAUUCUAUAACUACCUGAGCUGUUUGGUAUUGUAGCAUGAAUAAACCAUAACUUUUAUUCAUUCAUUAUGUCAUGCGCACAUGUGUAAAUAUCUAAGUACAGAAUCUCAUGAGAUCAAUAAUUUAAUUCGAUUUCUUGAAUACAAUCUGAAUAAAUAAAUAAAAUAUGAAUAAAUCUUUUUUGAAAAAACACUUAUGACGAACACUACGUUUGAGUUACAAGAUGACAGAAUUAUCAGUAUUACGAUAGACCACGCGCUUUCAGGUCAAAACAAUGUUCAAGUCAUUUAAAAUCAUAACAAACGAGAUGUCUACUAAAUUUGCCUCGGACAUAUUCGAGUACGUCAAAAAUCAAAAUGGAAUCACGGCUAUCAAGUCAAUAUUAAUCUUAACGGCAGUGUGUUUGAUAUUUUUUUAUGGAUGUAAAUUAGUGAUACUUCCGUGGAAUAUUAAAAGGACAUUAACAGAUGUUGGUUAUGAAAAUAUAUUGUACAAUCAGUGGUCAUCGAGUGAAAGAGUGCAUAUGAUCAGAGCCACAAUGAAAUUGAGAAAAAAUGGAAAAUUGCCACCUGUGUAUCCAAAUGGUUGGUUUUCACUAAUAGAAUCAGAUCAAGUGAAAUUAGAACAAGUUCAACAUGUUACAGCUUUAGGUGAGCAUUUUGCCGUGCUUCGUACAAAAAAUGGUAACGUAAAUGUGCUUGAUGCAUAUUGUCCACAUCUAGGAGCUAACAUGGCAAUAGGAGGCACUGUUACUGGAAAUAAACUUCAAUGUCCAUUUCAUGGUUGGACAUUUGAUACUAAUAGUGGAAAAUGUAUUCAAAUAACAACUAAUUGCCUUCAUAAUACAGAAAAUAAAAUUUUUUCAAAUGUAUCGGUACGAAAGUGGAAAUCAUGCGAAGCUUAUGGUUUUAUAUUUGUUUGGUAUCACGCUGAAAACGAACAACCUGAUUGGAACCCUCCAAGAAUUGACUUAACCAAAUUAAUUUAUCAAGGUCGAACAGAACAUUAUGCCAAUGUUCAUAUACAAGAUGUAGCAGAAAAUGGUGCAGAUCCCUCUCAUUUCACAGAAGUACAUAGCAAAUUGAUUGGAGGGUUUUACUCAUUUCCUAAAUCAUUAUUGAAUUACAUUGGAGUUCAUCAAUGGGCAUCUACAUGGAUACCUGAUGAAUCAAAACGCUACAUCUCACACGUUGAAAUAAAUUAUAAUUUUAAACUACUGAAAAAGUUUAACAUAUUUCAAUUAAAGAUUAAUGCAAACCAGAUUGGUCCUGGUUUGGUUAUUUUAAAAAUUCAAAAUAUAUUUGGAAACAUCAUAUUAAUUCAAACUGUUACGCCAGUUGAACCUUUAAUCCAAAAAAUAGUGCAUCGCGUUUAUAGCCCUUUGCAUCAAUCACUGUUUGGACGCGCAAUUCUUUUCUAUGAAAAAACUAUGCUGGAAAGAGAUAUACGUAUAUGGAAUCAUAAAAGUUUUGUGGAAAAACCUUUAAUUACUAAACAAGAAUCAAUGAUCAGAGUUUACCGUGAGUGGUACAAACAAUAUUACAGUUGUAAUAGUCGACAUUUUAGUUUUAAAAAAGAAACAAUGACUUGGUAACUAAUAAGAUAAGUAAAAUGUAAGGUGUUAUAAACAUUUACAAAUUGUUAAUGUUAUUAAAUUUUGGAUUAAAAAUAUUAUACUUAAAUAACAGAAAAAUUAAUAAUGUUUGAUUAACUAUGGCUUAACGAAGGCAUCGUUUACUAAUGUACUAAUUAUAUUACUGUUUAAUAAUUACUUCAAAAAGCAUUGCAAUAAAUAAAAUAUUGGUUG